GUUGAACGAGGUUGGCUUGUAUACGCUGUUACAUCGUGCACCUCCGACUCUCUCCGAUCACAGCCUUCUUGCGCGUGAUCGAACCUAAUUCAAUUAAAAAUAUCGAAGUGAAUCUAUGAGUUGUGGUUGGUGGCUACUUAAUAUUGCUAGCCGUUAGCAGUGAUGACUCCAAUGAGUUGAACUACUUGAAUUUUUACAUGAAAGUUUAUUCAAUCUCUUCGGUGAAAUGAUGAACUCUCUGUAACCUCGCACGGUCCAGAACCAGAUAAAACUUACAGAACAACUUCACUUAGUGGAUACGGCUAAUACCAGAUGGUAAAUUUAUUUCUUGACUAGAGAAGACAACAAAAACAAUUUCUUCUGAAGUCCUUUGGGAAGACUCGGUGAGCCGAUGAGCCUCACCUUCUCCUGUCCAUCAGCAUUUUAGACUUCGGUCUUCUCAAGCAUCUUCCGGCCGCAGGUUAAGGAGGACAGAGUUCAAGUCAAGUGCCUUGACUAGUAGCUGUUAUUCCGAGCCUGUAGCUAAAGCCGGCAUCUUAAAUCUGAUUCUGUUAGCACCAGUUUAAUUAAACGAAAAUAACAUUGAUCACCAUUCGUCAGUGAAGAAUCCUCUUGCAUUACUCUUGCAAAAACAGUGAUAAGUUUCAUUCGAUGCGAGAGAGUGAGUGAACUGUGCGCUGCCAAACUGAAUUAAAAUAUUUCUGUGGUUAUCAUUGUCAUUGCAAGGUCUAUUUAACUUUUUUAAACUUGAAACUUUGAAAAGUCCGAGUUCUGAAAUCAGCAAGUCAUCCUUGUUGCUACAGAGCAUUUUGAUAGGCACAACGGAUUCAAAUUUCAUCCAAGUUGACUCGCACACAACUUAACCUUCACUACUCAAGAUGGUCGACAAUCCUGUCUUCAUUGAAGAUGAGUUCAUGCGCGGCCAAAAUCCACCCAGAAACCCGAGGAGAGAACGUCGCACUUCGGUGCAAGGCCUCUCCCCGUACAACUUCUACAUGACUUCUGGCAGCCAUGCAUCGUCGGGCGGUAGUGGAUCUCAUAGUCCUCCUGUUUCAGCGCACAACAUGUAUCGCCCUGCUCCUAACUACUACUAUCCUCCCCCUGACUAUCCUGUCUCUAACAACAACAUGUGGUACCUUAAACGAUAUCAAGAAGACGAAAUUCCCAAUAUGUCAUCCACUCUUUACCCGCAAGUACAAGCCAUGCAACAAACUUCCCCCAGCCAAAUGAACAGCAGACGUUAUAGCAUUGCGUCCGUGUCUUCAGCUAAUUUUGGUCGUCAGUCUCUGCCUCAACGACGUAAAAUAUCCGUCUCCAAAUACCAGAACAUACCACCUGCUAAUUAUCUGCAAGUGCCAUCGUUCCACGAUUACGACCUCAACAAACGACAUUAUCAUUCACAUGGAACACAUUCACAUCAGCUCAUGGAACCUGCAGCUACUUUUGACUACAUGAAGUACACGAACCAGAACAGUCCCCCUUCCAACGUCCGAGCCGAAUUUGUUCCCCGCUCACGUAGGUACUCAUCAGGCUGUAUCCCUAGCACUGCGCAAAUUAGAAUGAGCAAGUCUAUGUCCAGGGAAAGCUCCAGGUCCAGGUCCUCAGAAGAAAGUCCAGAAAAUCCGUCCAAUGAUAGAUCCCACUCAACUAUCAUUGAAGGAGUCCCUACUCCCGACCCCACUAGUGUUCCUGUCCCAGCCUUCGAGUUUACGUCCAGUCACCUGCCCCUAAGACCUCCCACCGACGACAAUAGCAAAUUAUCCUCAGGGUCAGGCUCAGCAUCGACUCCUGAAAGCCAGAGAAUUGAAUCCCGACAGAUGAUCCGACCAAGUACGAGUAAAAGCAUCUAUUCCGUCAUGGACGAGAAACGUAAAGCCAAAAGAGAAGUAAGCAAAGCAAGUAAAGGCGACCACAGCAUUUUUUCGAUAACGAAGCCUGCCAAAUGGUGUCGCCAUGCAGAAGGGAAAACUUGCGCCAAAUGUGACAAUAAUAAAAAGGCUGAUGCGGUGUCUGUGUGCUCAUCGGUGAACCCGCCCCCGACCUUCACAGCUCUCGACAACUACCAGCCUGUCAGGAAGAAGAAGAACUUCGAUUGCACCUGCAGCGCCAUCUUCAAUAUUACCGUCAUGGUGGCAGUCAUCAUAAUGAUCUUUAUAUCCGCUUUUAUCAUCUAUGUUGAAAUGGUGCUCAAGCAUCAAACGGCGAACGUGAUGGACAAGAUGUGAGCUCUCCACUGCGUGGUCGCGCUCAUCGUUAUAUCGUUACUAGCGGUACUGCUUGUCUCUAGUGCAACUCUACAAGUGUAUUCCAAGUAUAUCUACGAAUAUCUACCAGUUGAUCAACACAUCUAUAGAAUAAUUUUAUUUGUGAGCAUAUGUACUACACUCAAGACCCGGUGUCAUAGAUGCCGUUUUGUUGAAACAAACGAGUAUAAUGCGCAGGACUAAUACUGAAAUUAUUGUACAGUGCGCUUCAUCUUCGAAGCGAUUUUCAAAUUCCCAUUUCAAUAAUCUUUUAUGCUACUUGAUUUUUAAAUUUCCAUUUCAAUUGUCUUUUAUGCGACUUAUAAAUGUAACGGAUUACAAUUACUUUAUUUCUAAAGAAGAAAUUUGAGUAUUUUCAGAACUACCGAUGGUUCUUAAUGGUACGAAAAACAAAAUGUUGAGGUUCGUUUGAAAUACGAGUAGCAUUCCUUCAUUAUCAUCAUUAUAUUAAUCAUGAUCAUCGUCACUAUAAUGAUCUGUACGAUAGCUUAAUUAUAUAAACAUUAGAUGUAUUAAGAACAUCAACUGAUCUCUUUCAUAGCUUGUGGAUUCUAUUGACUAAAUAAUCAUGCGAAGACAUUUUCAUUUAUUAUUAGGUAUAAUAAAUAAUUUACAGCUAUAACGAUCACUAUCCGUGAUUUGUAAUGUAAAUUGAAUACAUUUCAGAUCAGUUUAUUUUAAAAAUGUGAAAAAUUGUUAAAUCGAUAGCGCUAUAUAUACAAUAUCUGCGUUAGACAUCAACAGGUAUUCAAUGUAGAAUGUCUGAUGCUGGAAUUGAAUUUAAUGCUAGAUUCAAUGUAGAAUAUUAGGUUAAAUAUUUCGGUGAUACGUUAUGCUACUACCGACAGUCAUUUAAGAGGUCGUAGACUUACGCUUACGCGUAGACUUACGCGUAAGCAAAGUUUCUCAGUAUUCAGAUAUAUAAAAUCUCGAGUUUCACAAUUGAUGUUCAAAUUUCGAAUUUAGUUCCUGGUCUUUGGAGAAUAUUGUUGAAAAUUUACAAAUGAGUUUGGGUUUGAAUUUUCUGUGCAUAUUUCUGCAAUUCUAACCGUUUAUCAUUCUUUACUUUGAAAAAUCAUUGUUUUUGAACUUGUGUUUGGUUACAAUAAAAAAAAUAACAGAAUAUUGCUACUCUAUCUGGUACUUCUGUCAUAUUCUUUAUGACGCUUCAGUAUUUUUGUCACAGUUCACCUUCGAGGUGAGUUGCCGCAAGUCAGUCGUAGAUGUGACUGCAUACUAUUUUAGAUUUUUUUAGUCACUGUUGGCUUGGCGCUAUUUUUUCGACCUAUGGUUAUGCAAGACUCUUCAUCUGUGAUCUUAUUUCAAAUCUUGAGCCGCCAACAGUUCAUAUAUAAUAUCUGCCGUUGUUUGUAGUUCCGAGUAGUUGUUAGCCUGUUGCCUGUGCUGCGUCUGCUUGUGUUGAAAUAUUUCAAUUGAUAAUCAGGAGUGAUUCUAUACGUCAUGCCCUCGUUCGGGCUUUAUAACCGCUUCUGAUUUGCAUAUCGCUGCUUGUCUGGCCCGCUGUGUUAGAAUUACCCAUUAUUUUUGGACGCUGGUUGUCCAGUUGAUCGGAAUGUUGUACUAACUGUUAGAGUUGCAAUAUAUAUUCAUUGUCAUAUAAACGUGUAGUUGGUAGUGCAUAAAAUAUCUGGUAAUUAGAAGCUCAUACUUGUUUAGUAUGAAUGGCUGUCGUAUUGUACGUGUGUUUUGCAGUUUAUUCUUUGAUGCUUGGCACUGGUAUCGUCAUACAGUAUCUCAAGGGUUCCAAUGACCCUGACAUGGAGUUAGAGAGAAAGAUAUUUAAAACAUACAAUGCCAAUUGUCUUCCAAAGCAGUAAAGAAAAUGCUAUACUAACAUCAUCAACUUUAUUACAUUGAAAUUAUUGACAAAGUUCGUCGUUUAAAGACUCUCAUCUAUACUCUCACUAUUUUCCUUUUGACGAUGGAGUAUAUACGGUAGAGUAUAUACGA